AUGGCGUCCCUCUUUGGGCGACCCACCUCGGGCUACCAUCUCCCCGCCGACCACGACGCCCACUCGCUCGCUCAGCCCGAUUACGACGCCUUUGCCGCUCCAGACGACGACGACGACCACCACCACGACUCGGAACCCGCCCGCCACCCUCACCCCAACUCGCACGACCACGCCGCACCCGCCUCGUCCGCCCGACCCGCCACCACCUCCGGCCCCGCAGCACCCUCUCGCACCCACUCCAUCCCCGGCGGGUACGACUUUGAGCCUCAGCAAGAACCAGCUCGCGCACCCGCCGUCCCGAUCCGAUCCCGCCCCUCGUCCCUGUACGGCGGUGCCCCCUCGGCCUUGCUCGACCACGCCGCGACCGACAACGACGACGACGACGACGACUCGCACCGCUACGGCCGCCCGCACGGCGCGGCGUCAUCAUCUGCGGCGGCGGGAGCGGGCUCGGCGACGGGCUGGCGAGGCAUUGUCGCCCGCUUACGCGGCCAGGGCCCACCAGGCGCCAGGUCCGCCCACGACGGCGCGGGCGCCGACGCGCGCGAGUCGCACGGCCUCCUCUUUUCGCACGACGAGAGCGAAGAGACCGACUCGGAGCAGCAGCAGCGCACGUCGAGGUUCGGCGCGCCCUCGUCGUCGUCGUACCCGCCGCCGAGCCUGCACCACUCGCACAUGCCGCUCCCGGCGCGCCCGCCCCAGUUUGCGGCGCCGUCUGCCUCGUCGGGCGCAGGCCCAGCGGCAGGAGCAGGAGGGCGGGUCUUUGGAGGAGGGCAGGGCAACGACGGCGUGUUCGCCAACCUCGCCGCCAAGCCCGACAACCCGAGCGGCGACAUUGUCGGCGAGGGCCCGGGCAAGGACGAGGUGCUCCCCCCGUACGAGGCGGCCCAGCUCGACCCGUCGCCGCAGUACUGGGAGACGACCGUCAUCACGCCCGGCCUGUACGGGCCCGACGACAUCCUCGUCGACGGCCUCCCCGUCGGUAACCUGUUCAGCUUCGCGUGGAACUUGCUCGUCAGCAUGUCGUUCCAGUUUGUCGGCUUCAUCUUGACCUACAUCCUGCACACGACGCACGCCGCCAAGAACGGCUCGCGCGCCGGCCUCGGCGUCACCCUCAUCCAGCUCGGCUUCUACCUCAAGCAGCGCACCGACCACCCCGAGUUCCUCGACGACGACCCGCUCUCGUCCGGCGACGAGACGGGCCUCAACGGCGCGCUCGGGCCCGCCGACACGGACGCCGAGCGGUGGAGCUGGUGGGGCGGCGGUUUCGACGACACGGCGACCGGCGGCGCCGCAACGGCGACGCUCGCUGCGCUCGGGAGCCUGCCGACCCAGGUCGGGAGCGCGUUCGGGUCGAUGCUCGACGCGAGCGACCCGGACGCGGCCGCGGCGGCGGCGAGCGCGACGCCGUUCCCGACGCUCAUGGGCGACGGGGUCAGCGACGCCGAGAUGAUGCGCAUGAGCAUGGCGGCCAACGAGUGGAUGGCGUUCGCCAUGGUGACGGUCGGGUCGUUCCUGCUCAUCGGGAGCUGCCUCGCGUACUGGCGCGCGUACAGGUACUCACGGGCGAUCCGUGACGGGCAAGGCCCAGGAGCGGACAGCGAGAACGUGGUCGCGUUCUGAGCGAGCGAGGGCCCGUCCGUCGCACCCUCUGUGUCACUAGCCUCUGCGCGCGCGAGAUCCUUGAGUAGUCGCUGCUGCACUUUGUAAUCGUACCACGACUGCAACGUGCC